AUGCACAAACCAGGAAUACGAUGGGCAAGUGACUCUUGGUCCUCUGGACCUGCACAAAAAGUUGGAUCAGAUUCUGUGAAUUUCCCUGGAGCUCUCAAUAGCAAGUUUACCGCCACCAUGAAGUUCCAAAAUCCAGCCGAGGCGACGGCAAUGCCGACUUACCGUAUCAUGGAUGCUGAUGGUAAUAUUAUCGACAAUACGAGAGAUCCUCGGGCAGCCCCGGACGAAGAGGUCAUUAAAUGGUAUAGAAAUAUGUUGACUGUUAGUAUCAUGGAUUUGAUCAUGUUUGACGCUCAACGGCAAGGGCGCACGAGCUUUUACAUGGUGUCAGCGGGCGAGGAAGGAAUCGCUGUUGGAUCAGCCUCUGCCUUGUCCCCGGACGAUGUUUGCUUUUUGCAGUAUCGCGAACAAGGUGUCCUAAUUCAACGUGGAUUUACGUUGAAGGAAAUGAUGAGCCAACUCUUCUCCAACAAAGAUGACCACGGCAAAGGUCGAAACAUGCCCGUCCACUACGGCAGCGGUAAGCUCAAUGUGCACACGAUUUCGAGUCCUUUGGCCACACAAAUUCCACAAGCUUCAGGGGCAGCAUACGCAUUGAAAAUGCAGCGUCUAAUUAAUCCAAAUGUCCCACCCCGGAUCGUGGCUUGUUACUUUGGCGAAGGUGCAGCUAGCGAGGGAGACUUCCAUGCAGCUUUGAACAUUGCCGCUACAAAAUCAUGCCCCAUUGUAUUUGUAUGCCGCAACAAUGGAUUCGCUAUCUCGACCGCCAGCAUUGAGCAAUACAAAGGUGACGGUAUCGCCAGUCGAGGACUUGGAUACGGCAUCGACACCAUCCGGGUGGACGGGAAUGAUAUCUUUGCGGUGCGAGAAGUCAUGCUGGAGGCCAGAAAAAGAGCGCUUGAAGGUGACUGCAAGCCGAUCCUCGUGGAAGCAAUGAGUUAUCGAGUCAGCCAUCACAGUACCAGUGACGACAGUUUCGCAUAUCGAGCAAAACGAGAAGUGGAAGAAUGGAAGCGGAGGGACAACCCCAUCACUCGUUUGCGAAAGUGGAUGGAAAAUAGAGGUAUUUGGGACGAAGACAAGGAGAAAGAAGCCAGAGCGUCAAUACGCAAGGAAGUAUUGCGAGAAUUCUCUGCCGCCGAAAAGGUCCAAAAACCACCGCUGCGAGCUAUGUUUGAGGACGUCUAUGAAGAAAUAACGCCAGAAGCUCAGGAACAGAUGAAGGAAUUGAAACGGCUUAUUGAAAGAUAUCCCAACGAGUACAAUGUUAAAGAGCAUGAGGGCGGUAUCAAAACUUUGGAAUGA